AUGGCGGGGGACACUGAGCGCAGCCCCUUGCUGGGCCAGCGUUCCCACUCGCCAUCAACAAACCCUCGACUCGGCGAUGCUGUCCAUGGUCCAAGUCGUGAGGCGAGAGGCCAAAACGUCAUCAUACCGAUGCUUUGCAUCAUCCUGUUUUUCGCAAGCUGGACUAAUGGCUUCACCCAGAUUCCUCUCUUGCGUCUGCUGGAGGACAGAAUCUGUCAUGAAUACUAUGACAUGUCCAUGUCACCUCUCGAGCCAAUCGAUGAGAGUCUUUGCAAGGAAGAAUGGAUCCAGAGCCGCCUGGCCUUCAUUCUGAGCAUCAAUUCUGCCAUCGGAGCCUUGGCAGGUUUUCUUGCAGCAUUUCCCUGGGGUGCUGCGGCCGACCGAGUCGGCCGCAAGCCAAUUCUUACCCUUGCCCUGACUGGAAUGGCCCUCGAGGUUUGUUGGGAUAUCGUCGUCCUCUGGUUUCACCAUUUGCCCAUCAAGCUCAUAUGGCUUGGAGGAAUUUUUAAUAUUGUGGGCGGCGGCAACGCAAUCAUCGUUGGAAUGGUUUUCAGCAUAGCCACUGAUGCGACGACUGAUGAGGACAGGCAAGUUUGCAACAUACCUUCAGAGCCUGACGAAUUCCCACUGACCUCCGUGGCCUUUUUGCGACUCCACGUGGCGGCGAUGGCAGGAUCGUUGCUCUCCCCAACUCUAUGUGCUCUCCUUAUGGAGCGAGCGUCGCCCUGGAUUUGCCAGUGGAUUGGGGUGUCGUUGCUCAUCUUUGGGAGUGUGGCAAUAUACGCUGUUCCCAACCCGCCGAAACCGCCACACUCCCCCUCGCAUGACGCACAAGAAUCAGACUCGGAUGACGAGGAUCCGGUGAACCGGAAGACGACAUCCAAAUUACUAAAGAUGAUAUCUCUUCCAAUACCACCUUCUCUAUUCAUGUUCUUCUUACUCACUUUUCUCUCGAUGCCGGUGGCGUUGGCUACGCAAACAUUCAUGUCCCAGUAUGUCUCGAAACGAUACCACAUCAAGCUGGCAAGUACGGGUUACAUCCAGUCAACAUUUGGCGUUGGGCACAUCAUCCAGGCAUUCGUUAUUCUUCCUUUUUUGUCUCACCUCUUAACAUCAGCAACGACGCCAGCAAUAUUCCGGGUCAAGGACGAGAAACUGAGAGAUGUUGCCUUACUUCGGGGUUCGUUCUUCUUUCUUCUUAUUGGGCUUAUCGUGGUCGGUUUGGCAACGAACCUUGUUGGUUUUAUGUUCGGCCUGGUCGUGUUGGUGCUCGGCUCGGGAUACGCCAGCCUCCUGAAAAGUCUGAUGAGCCUGUAUGCCGACGCCAAGCAUCGAUCCCGGCUCUUCAGUCUCAUCGGCAUGGUGGAAGUACUGGCUCGCGUAUACUCGGAUCCAGCCCUUGCGGGACUCUACUCGUUUGGGCUACGUCAUGGAGGUGGUUGGAUUGGCUUGCCGUAUUUUGGGGUGGCACUGCUCAUCGGAGUUUGUCUUGCAUUGCUUUCCUUCAUAAAACUACCAAAGUCUAAUGAGGCCGUAACGAAUUGA